CGUCCGGAAGGAACUAAGAAAGCAUGGGAAGUCUUGCGGACUAGUAAUCCGACGCCUUAACAUAUCCGUACAAAUUUUUCUGUCUCAAUAAGUAUUUAUAGCUGCAUGCGUGUUUCACAACCAAGCUCAAUAACUUAUCGGAUAAUUUAAACUUUAAAGACUAAAAUUAUCAACUCUCUUCAGCAAAACAAAAAUGGUGAACUACUCAUCAAUCCAGUGCAUCUUCUUUGUGGCUCUGUUCAGUAUGUUCACAAUUGUUUCGAUUUCGAGUGCUGCUUCAAGUCAUGGAGAAGUUGAGGACGAACACGAGUUUAACUACAAGAAGAACGAUGAGAAGGGGCCAGAGAGAUGGGGAAAACUUAAACCGGAAUGGGAAAUGUGUGGGAAAGGAGAGAUGCAAUCUCCCAUAGAUCUUAUGAACGAGAGAGUUAACGUUGUUUCUCAUCUUGGAAGGCUUAAUAGAGACUAUAAAACUUCAAAUGCCACUCUUAAGAACAGAGGCCACGACAUCAUGUUAAAAUUUGAAGAUGAAGCCGGAAGUAUUAAGAUCAAUGGUUUUCGAUAUGAACUUCAACAGCUUCAUUGGCACUCUCCCUCUGAGCAUACUAUUAAUGGAAGAAGGUUUGCACUUGAGCUGCAUAUGGUUCACGAAGGCAAGAACGAAAGAAUGGCUGUUGUGACUGUGUUGUACAAGAUCGGAAGAGCAGAUACUUUUAUCAGAUCGUUGGAGAAUGAUUUAAAGGGCAUUGCUGAAAUGGAGGAGGCAGAGAAAAAUGUAGGAAUGAUUGAUCCCACCAAAAUUAAGAUCGGAAGUAGAAAAUAUUACCGAUACACUGGUUCACUUACCACUCCUCCUUGCACUCAAAACGUUACCUGGAGCGUUGUUAGAAAGGUUAGGACCGUGACAAGAAAACAAGUGAAGCUUCUCCGCGUGGCUGUACACGAUGAUGCUAAUUCGAAUGCGAGGCCGGUCCAACCAACCAACAAGCGAAAGAAGAAGAAGAAGAAGAAGAAGAAGAAGAAGAAGAAGAAGAAGAAGAUGAUGCUCUCGUGUUCUCCUCUCACCGUUCCUUCUUCUUCUUCUUCUUACCCAUUCCAUUUCCUUCCUUCUUCUUCCGAUCCUCCUUACGAUAUUCUCCGAAACCAGCCUUCUCUUUCUCUUCUCCACAAUUGCAAAACUCUUCAAUCUCUCCGCAUAAUCCACGCUCAGAUGAUCAAAACCGGUCUUCACAACACCAACUACGCUCUCAGCAAGCUUCUUGAGUUCUGCGUUCUAUCUCCACACUUUGAUGGCCUUCCUUAUGCGAUCUCUGUUUUCGAAACGAUUCAGGAGCCGAACCUGUUGAUUUGGAACACAAUGUUUCGUGGACACGCGUUGAGUUCGGACCCUGUUUGUGCUUUGAAGCUGUAUGUUUGUAUGAUUUCACUUGGGCUUCUCCCUAAUUCCUAUACGUUUCCGUUUCUAUUGAAAUCUUGUGCAAAGUCGAAGGCUUUUAAGGAAGGGCAACAGAUCCACGGGCACGUUUUGAAACUUGGGUAUGAUCUAGAUUUGUAUGUACAUACUUCUCUGAUCUCUAUGUACGUUCAAAACGGGAGAUUGGAAGAUGCACGUAAGGUGUUCGAUAGAAGUCCUCACCGAGAUGUGGUUUCCUAUACAGCUUUGAUCAAGGGCUAUGCAUCAAGAGGCUAUAUCGAAAGUGCACAGAAGAUGUUCGAUGAAAUUCCAGUGAAAGACGUAGUGUCAUGGAAUGCAAUGAUUUCAGGAUAUGCCGAAACCGGUAACUAUAAGGAAGCGUUAGAAUUGUUUAAAGAGAUGAUGAAGAUGAAUGUUAAGCCAGACGAGAGUACAAUGGUCUCUGUAGUUUCUGCUUGUGCUCAGUCUGGUAGCAUUGAAUUGGGUCGUCAGGUACAUUCAUGGAUUGAUGAUCAUGACUUUGGUUCAAAUCUCAAGAUUGUUAAUGCUCUCAUCGAUUUGUACUCAAAAUGUGGUGAAUUGGAGAGAGCAUGUGGUUUGUUCGAAGGAUUGCUGUACAAGGAUGUAAUUUCUUGGAAUACAUUGAUCGGUGGUUACACACAUAUGAAUCUUUACAAAGAAGCAUUGUUGUUGUUUCAAGAAAUGCUGAGAUCAGGUGAAAGGCCAAACGAUGUAACAAUGCUAAGUAUUCUUCCUGCUUGUGCACACCUUGGAGCCAUAGAUAUUGGAAGAUGGAUUCAUGUGUAUAUCGACAAGAGAUUAAAGAGUGCUACAAAUGCUUCUUCUCUCCGGACAAGCCUUAUUGACAUGUAUGCUAAAUGUGGAGACAUAGAGGCAGCAGACCAAGUGUUCAACAGUAUACUCCAUAAAAGCUUGUCGUCUUGGAACGCAAUGAUAUUUGGGUUUGCGAUGCACGGGAGAGCUGAUGCAGCAUUUGAUCUUUUCUCAAGAAUGAGAAAGAUUGGGAUUGAACCAGAUGAUAUCACGUUUGUUGGUUUGUUGUCUGCUUGUAGCCAUUCAGGUAUGUUAGAUCUUGGACGCCAUAUUUUCAGAACAAUGACACAUGACUACAAAAUAACCCCGAAAUUAGAGCACUACGGUUGCAUGAUUGAUCUUUUGGGUCAUUCGGGUCUAUUCAAAGAAGCGGAAGAAAUGAUAAACAAUAUGGAAAUGGAGCCUGAUGGAGUAAUUUGGUGCUCCCUUCUCAAAGCUUGCAAGAUUCAUGGGAAUGUCGAGUUGGGUGAAUCAUUUGCACAAAACCUCAUUAAGAUAGAGCCAGAAAACCCAGGUUGUUAUGUACUCCUAUCAAACAUUUACGCUAGAGCAGGCAGAUGGAACGAAGUAGCAAAAACACGAGCACUCCUCAAUGAUAAAGGUAUGAAGAAAAUUCCCGGUUGCAGCUCUAUCGAAAUAGAUUCUGUGGUCCAUGAGUUCAUCAUCGGGGAUAAAUUCCAUCCACGGAACAGAGAAAUCUACGGAAUGUUAGAAGAAAUGGAGGUGUUACUAGAGAAAGCCGGGUUUGUUCCAGAUACUUCUGAAGUCUUGCAGGAGAUGGAAGAAGAAUGGAAAGAAGGAGCGUUGCGGCAUCACAGCGAGAAGCUAGCUAUUGCAUUUGGGUUGAUCAGUACAAAGCCUGGGACUAAACUUACAAUCGUGAAGAAUCUAAGGGUGUGCAGAAAUUGUCACGAGGCUACAAAGCUUAUAUCAAAGAUUUACAAAAGGGAGAUUAUUGCUAGAGACAGAACUCGCUUCCAUCAUUUUAGAGAUGGUGUUUGCUCCUGCAAUGACUACUGGUAGCCAUCAUUUCAGAAGAUCUUGUUACCAAUGAUGUUGGUCAAGAACUGUAAUAUAACUUUCUUUGCGUGGUUGCUGUAGAUUUCAACAAGAUUAGUCAAGCAAGUAAAUUACAAAUAAGGCGUAAAUGAUUCAUUGCUGUAAGUGUAUACAUGUAAAGAAAGAGUUUUCACUUUU